AUGGGAUCUACAACCACUAACACAAGUCUGCCGUGGAUGGAAACACCACUCAUCCCAUCCCCUCACCUGUCGCGGGCCGCCGGCUGCAACAUCUACCUUAAGCUUGAGAACCUCCAGCCCUCAGGCUCCUUCAAGUCCCGCGGUAUCGGUAACCUCAUGCUACAAGAGAUAGCCUCCCGUCCCGAUGGCCAGAACCUGCAUUUCUACAGCUCCUCCGGCGGCAACGCGGGCCUCGCCUGCGCCACGUCGGCCCACGCGCUCAACCGGCCCGCCACAAUCGUGACGCCGACCUCGUCCUCCCCGCUCAUUGUCUCGAAGCUCCGUCUCCUCGGCGCCGAGGUCCAGCAGGUCGGCGCAAACUGGGCCCUCGCCGAUAAGCACCUGCGCGAGAACCUCGUGGCCGGCCGCGACGACGCUGCCUACGUGCCGCCCUUCGACCACCCACACGUCUGGGACGGCGCGUCCACCAUUGUCGACGAGCUCGUGAGGCAGGCCCCCGGCGCCAUCCACGGCAUAGCCUGCUCCGUCGGCGGCGGCGGCCUGCUGAACGGCCUGUUCCAUGGUAUCGAGAAGCACGAGGCCGUCCGCGCCUCUUCGAACCCACCAUGGCCCGAGGCGCGGCGGCCCUCCAUCCUCGCAGUCGAGACACGCGGCGCUGACAGCCUCAACGCCAGCGUCGAGGCUGCCGAGCACGUCACCCUGCCCGGCAUCACCUCCAUCGCCAAAUGCCUGGGUGCCGUCCGCGUCUCGUCCAAGACGUGGGAGUGGGCUCAACGCAAGGCCCGCCUCGGCCCUUCUGAAGUCACAAACGCUACGGCGGACGGUCCUGCCGAGCUCGAGAGUAUCGCUGUUGACGACUCCGAGGCCGCGCUGGCCUGCGUGCAGUUUGCUGAUGACACGCGUUUCGUAGUUGAGGUUGCGUGCGGUGCAACCAUCGCCGCUUGCUACAACGGCCUGUUGCAGCAACGCCUUGGCCGGGGCUUGACUGACGAAGAAUGGCGCGACAAGAACAUCGUCGUCAUCGUCUGUGGGGGCUCUGAUGUCAGCCUCGAGGUUCUUGAGGGCUACAAGCGAGACUAUGGCUCUGCAGCCUAA